CAGUACAGCUAUACCUCAAAAUCAUUCGUCAAAUCUAGCGACAACCAUCUUGGCAGGGGAGAACCCUACAACAGUUGCUUGUAGUCAUGGUGCGUCCCAAUCUGUUGUGGUUAUUUGUCUUGUUUGCUAUGACAACACACAUCUACAGCACGCCCAAUCCAAGUCGACAUGGAAUUCGAUACGACCCGGAAGUUUAUAUGAACGCUAGCCAGCUCCUGACGAGUAAGGGCUACCCGUGUGAGGAACACGAAGUACCGACUGAUGACGGCUUUAUCCUUGGCCUCCAGAGAAUACCCCAUGGCAGACUUGAAUCACAGAAAGUGUACUACCCGAAGGAUGAUCAGCCCGUGGUACUGCUGCAACAUGGUCUCUUGUCCUGCUCGGCAUGCUGGCUGGAGAACCUCGUCAACGAGAGUCUGGGCUACUUGAUGGCAGAUAAUGGACUGGAUGUUUGGUUGGGAAACAGUCGAGGUAACACAUACUCCCGGAAACACAAAACACUAAGCCCUAGCGACCCAGAAUUCUGGGAAUGGAGUUGGGACGAGAUGGCAAUGUACGAUCUACCGGCCAUGGUAGACUAUAUAUUGAACGUGACAAACCGGAAGCAAUUGUACUAUUUAGGAUACUCCCAGGGAACACAGAUCGCAUUCUCCGGCCUCGGCCUACCCUGGAAUACGGACAAAGUGAAGAUGUUCUUUGCGUUUGCACCUGUCACUACACUCGGCGACAUCAUCAGUCCUAUCCGACUCCUUGCACCAUUUGUCAAACCAAUACAGACACUGUAUGAAAUAUUCGGGAAGUCUGAGUUUCUCCCCAGCACUGACAUUGUAAAGUGGCUCGGACGGGCGGCAUGUAGCAAACCUGGCCUCGACUUCAUCUGUGAAAACGUCCUCUUUGUCCUCGGUGGCUACGACUUCAAGCAGAUGAACGAAUCACGAAUCCCGGUUUAUGUAGCCAACCAUCCCGCCGGCACCUCUGUCCAGAACAUUGUCCACUAUGCUCAGUCUGUCCUUCACAAGAACUUCUUGAUGUAUGACUUUGGGUCGGAGGCUACCAACUUAGCCCGCUACAAUCAGACGACUCCGCCAGCCUGGAACGCGUCUCUGGUGAAGACCCCGACAGUUGUGUACUCCGGCUCAAAGGACUGGUUGGCCGAUCCCACUGAUGUCAACGCCCUUCUGCCCGAGAUAACAAACCUAGUGGCUACCAAAACCAUGGAUGAAUGGGAACACCUGGACUUCAUAUGGGCCAUGGACGCGCCACAGCAGGCGUACAACGACGUCAUCAGACGCAUCCACGAGCAGGAGGCAGUCGAACGCAACUCGACGUAGACUUUUACUGUCAAUAUACAAUAAACUGUAUACGACAUUUUA